GUCAGGAAUUACCACUGUAUUCUACGAUUCUACCCUCAUCGUCUCCUUGAGGUCCGUCACUUCCUUCAUCGCUAGCCGGCUGUCUACUAGCGCAAUUCCAGUCAGACAUUUCCCUCAAACGCGCCAAAGCUUCAUGGCUGUCAUGGCGAUAUUACUCGUGGGUCUUCUUGUGUUGGUAUUGCUUGUCCACCUCGUUGAAGCGACGACGUACGACAUCAUGGCUACCUACCUCGACACGAACUGCAGCAGCACCGAACCUUACAUCGUGUACGCGAGACAAAACGGAGGAUGUACCGACGGGGUUUGCUACACUUACUUGGUGGAUAAUCGCGCCUACGCAGUGGACGAGCGCGCGUCGACGGAUUGCUCGGAAGAAGAUUAUUUGCGCGUGAUGCGAGAAUUUUAUAACAACUCACCUUAUAUUAUCCACGAAUUGUACUCGGACGACGAUUGCUCCACUUUUGAGUACGCAGUUGGCUUUCUAGCCACGAAUACUUGUCUCGGAGGAAACCAAUCCGCCGGUCUAUACUACGAAAGCAGCUUAAAUCCAGACGGAUCAGCCACGGUGAUCCCUUACUUUAUCAACGCAGGAUCGACAGAGACAAUGGAGGGAGACAGCUCGUGCUCAUCUGCCAGCGCUGGGGUCGUCGCCGCUGAUAAGGAAGUUCUCGCCAACCACUCCUGUGUUCACUUGGGAGAGAUCAGCUUGCUGUAUGAUUUCUUUACGACGGACUCGGCUAAUACGGUGAGUUCGUAUCGAUGGUACAGCAGCAACGACCCAGACAUAUCGUCCCAGUCUGGGCUUGUUGGCAGUACCAGUAGCUACGACAGCUCCAGUGGAUCAAUCGCUACCGAGAACAGGAGCAGCAGUUUGAGUAGCGGUGCUUUGGCGGGUAUCAUCGUCGCAGCGGUUAUUAUUGUUAUUGCCAUUAUAUUCGCGAUCUGCUUUUGCAAGCGUCGAUCUCAAGCGAUGCGUGCAGAUGAACGAUUUACGAGAACUACCAGCCCAAUAUCCCGUGAUACAGUGAGUGGGCAACGAGGACUCUGGAACGACGAGGUCAUCACUGCCAAGCGGAUCCCUCGAAACAAGGUUAAAGUGAAAAAACUUCUGAGUCGCGGGGCGUUUGGAGAAGUGUACAGUGGAGUUUUCUACCAGCGACGAGUGGCAGUUAAAAUGUUGCCAUCUUCCACACGCACCAGUCUUCAGCAUGUCAAUGCGUUCCUCACUGAGGCCAAGAUCACUGCCACGAUGGAUCACCCCCAUAUCGUGCCCUUUAUAGGAGUUGCCUGGGAUUCUCUCUCCGAUUUAUGUGUCGCCCUGGAAUUCAUGGAGGGUGGUGAUCUCCGAGCUUUAUUGAACAAGUAUGAGGCUUCCAACCACCACGUUGGUUUUGACCGCCAAAAGACCGCCAUAGCUCUCCAUGUUUGCCAUGCUCUGGCGUACUUGCACUCAUUAGCAUCUCCCAUAAUUCAUCGAGACCUCAAGUCGAAAAAUAUACUGCUGAAUGGAGCGAUGGAGGCAAAAUUGUCCGAUUUCGGUAUCUCGCGCCAACGACUGGAUGAAACCAUGACCGCAGGUGUUGGAACGUCGCUCUGGCUGGCACCCGAAGUGAUGCUGGGCGGAAGGUAUGACGAGAAGGCGGAUAUGUUUUCAUUUGGGGUGGUGUUGUCGGAAUUGGACGUUCACACGCUUCCAUACGCUCAAGCACGGGAGUCUGAAGGGCGUGAACUAACGGACCCCAGUCUAUUGCAGAGAGUGGCAACGGGGGAAAUUCGCGUCGAGUUUUCGUAUUUCAGUCCGCGGUCAAUCGUGAACCUCGGCCAUGCUUGUGUGUCCGUAGAUCCUGGAGAUAGACCCACCGCUGCGGAGGCAUUGUACAGGCUCCAACUAGCUCUAGCCAAGGAGCUCGUGUAAGUAGUCCAGUGCCGAGCCACGGCCCGUGGUGCCUUCCUGCUGAAUUCACUUUGGCGAUGUACCGUCGUCGUUCCACUUUCAUAGACGAUCGACGAUGGAUUUUAUCCAGUCUCCACGACUCGAAUACAGAAC